AUGGCUGCUGCGCUGGGGAGGCUCCUGCGGGCCGCGGUGCCCGCCGCCGCUGCUGCCGCCGGGAAGAGGCUGACGGCGCGGCCCCUGCCCUGCGCCCGGCGCCACUUCAGCCUCGGCUCCUCGCGGUUUGCUCCAGCGGUUACACAACAUGCCCCGUUUUUUAAGGGAACGGCCGUUGUUAACGGAGAGUUCAAGGAGCUGAGCCUGGAUGAUUUCAAGGGGAAAUACCUGGUCCUCUUCUUCUACCCCCUGGACUUCACCUUUGUCUGCCCCACAGAAAUUGUGGCUUUCAGCAACAAAGCAAAUGAGUUCCGUGAUGUGAACUGUGAUGUGGUGGCAGUUUCUGUGGAUUCUCAUUUUUGUCAUCUGGCCUGGAUAAAUACUCCACGAAAGAGUGGCGGUUUGGGCAAAAUGAAUAUUCCAGUUCUGUCGGACCUCACCAAACAGAUCUCCCGGGAUUAUGGUGUGCUGCUAGAAGGACCUGGCAUAGCACUAAGAGGUCUGUUCAUCAUUGAUCCAAACGGGAUCAUCAAGCAUCUAAGUGUCAACGAUCUCCCCGUGGGUCGUAGUGUGGAAGAGACUCUCCGCUUGGUGAAAGCAUUCCAGUAUGUGGAAACACACGGAGAGGUUUGCCCAGCAAACUGGACUCCAGACUCCCCUACAAUCAAACCAAGCCCAGAAGGUUCUAAAGAAUAUUUUGAGAAAGUGCAUAAAUAAACACACAAAUUAUGUGGACAAAAUGUAGGUACCAUAAACUGAAGACAUUAGGAAGCAAGCUGUGAUUGUUAAAAAAAAAUAAAAAUAUAAAAAUAAAUCCAAGUUCUUAUUUUCUGAUGCUUAGUAAAUAUUUCAACAUUUAAUUUUGUUGACUCCUUUGUCUUGUUUUAAAAGGAAGGGUAAAAGUAAGGCUUUUCCUCCCUGCUUUUGCAACUUAAUGAAUUUCUGUGGCUACUUGUUUCUGAACAGGACAAGUACAUAAAAUAUAGUUGUGUUGGGUUUUUCUUCUUUCCCUUACUAGCUUUGAACCAAUGUCACGUGUUUUCUUUUCUCACAUGAAAAAUAAAAUUUCUUAAGUGUUUGAAACAAUGGGGGCAAUACAGAAAAUAGAAUUUUGGUUUUAAUCAGUUUUGCAAAAGAAGAGAUGAAUGUAACAAAAAAGCACACAGGUUCAGUGUGUAAAUGCACUAUGACUUGAAAUGAAUGUAUGUGCCAUUUUAAUCCUGCAUAUAGCUGAAGAUGCAGUGCAGCUAUGCCAGGAGCAUUAACAAGCAUGAAAAACUUGCAUUCUGCUUGGGAGCUGGUAAAAACUUGAAUCCCAGUAGUAUACUUCUGGAACUUUAAAUGACAACCUUCUAUCAGUUGAAGCAUUGCUUACUUCCUUGAAUCUGUCUCCAGGAAGAACUGAAGGUGAAGUGGUGUACUGUUUGAAAACCAUGUAGCCUGCCUCUAGCUCUCAUAAUAAACCUUCAUGUU